CUGUCACCGGGGCGGAUGGCUCCCUCGAUGAGACGUUUCGUUCCUGGGAGAUAUCAAAAUACAAAUCAAUACAGGAUCAUGAAGAGAAGACUUCUGCUGGUCUCUAACUCCACUCUUCAUGGGGGAGGUUAUCUACAGCAUUUGAAAACCCCUGAUCUACAGCACUGUCAGCAGCAGAUCCAAGACUUUUUUGGAAAGAAUGUAAAGAGGAUCCUGUUUGUCCCAUAUGCACUGCAUGAUCAAGAUGCCUAUACCAAGACUGCCAGAGACAAGUUCAAGACACUGGGCUAUGAGGUGGACAGUGUCCAUGAGACACCAGACCCUGUGGAUGCUGUUAGAAAAGCUGAAGGAAUAUUCAUUGGCGGCGGUAAUACAUUCCGCCUGCUGAAAUCUCUCUAUGACAACAAGCUGGUGACUGAGAUUAGAAAGAGAGUUCUAGAGGAUGGGAUACCUUACAUGGGAUCGAGUGCAGGUACCAAUGUCUCCACCAUCAGCAUCAACACCACUAAUGACAUGCCCAUAGUCUAUCCACCCACGUUUGCUGCCAUUGGUUUAGUGCCCUUCAACAUUAACCCUCACUUCCUGGAUGCUGAUCCCAACAGCAAGCAUAUGGGGGAAACACGUGAACAGAGAAUUAUCCAAUACCACGAGGAGCCCGAAACACCAUGCGUGCUGGGUCUUCGGGAAGGCUCAAUGCUCUUAGUGGAGGGAAACAAAGCCACCUUAUUAGGGAGCACCAAAGCACGACUGUUCCAGAGGGGGAAGCAUACUACGGAGUAUGAACCGGGCAGUGAUCUCAGCUUCUUACUGACAGAUGCCCAGUGAGCUGCUGCCGCAUUAUGUGCAAUGCAAACAUUUUUACAAUAAAUUAUAAAAUCCACAA